CACGCACAUUUGUGAACAAUCUCUAUCUCUCAUAUCGGACAUAAAAUUUCCCAGUCAACUAUCUAAGAAAAGUAUAUUAUUGUGUGGUGUUUAAUAAGUUGAGACAAAUUGUUAACAACUGUUUUGAAUAUUUAACGAUUCGUUAAAAGUUUAUGGGAUUAUAAAAAAAUUUAUUUAAACUUGAGAUUUAUUAGCACAAAUAAAAGUUUAAGAUGUCGGUAUUGAAUUUGAGUGGUGACGAUGCUGUCGAGUGUCCAUUGUGUAUGGAGCCACUGGAAGUCGACGACUUGAAUUUCUUUCCAUGCACGUGUGGAUAUCAGAUUUGCCGGUUCUGUUGGCAUAGGAUUCGGACUGAUGAAAACGGGCUGUGUCCAGCUUGCAGGAAGGCCUAUUCGGAAAACCCCGCUGACUUUAAGCCCUUAACAAAAGAAGAAAUUUCGAGGUUGAAGGCUGAGAAGCGUUUAAAAGAUCAACAACGAAAACAACGAGUUACGGAAAAUCGCAAACAUCUAGCGAAUGUCCGAGUAGUCCAAAAAAAUCUGGUAUUUGUCGUCGGUUUACCGAUGCGACUGGCAGAAGCGGAUGUAUUAAAAAGGCACGAAUACUUUGGGAAAUUUGGGAAGAUUCAUAAAGUCGUUAUAAAUCAAAGUACUUCGUAUGCGGGCUCUCAAGGACCUAGUGCAUCUGCUUACGUCACUUAUCAGCGUCAAGAGGACGCGUUACGUGCCAUCGAAGCCGUCAAUAAUAUCGUCGUGGACGGUCGAACAAUCAAGACAUCGCUGGGCACGACGAAGUAUUGUUCGCAUUUUAUGCGUAAUCAAGCCUGUCCCAAAUCUGACUGUAUGUAUUUACACGAUUUGGGUGAUCAGGAAGCGUCAUUUACCAAGGAAGAAAUGCAUCAGGGUAAACAUCAAGACUAUGAAAGAAAAUUAGUCCAAGCGCUUCAUGCUCAAACAACAACGCCAUUAAAUCGGAAACCUACAAUUUCACCACCAGUUGGCAAUUCAAUUCGUGAAAAUGGUAGUACGUCUGUUAUUCCAACUCAAAUAAAAGAAGCAUGGCCAUCGUUACAACCUGGUCAACCACAGCAGAGUGUAACUCUGACAAAAGAUACGUCAGCGCAAGUCUUGGAUCAACAACAGCAGCAGCAGCAGCAGCAGUCGCAACAGCAGCAACAGUCGCAAUCAAAUGAUAUGAGUAUUAACAGAAAUAGUAAAUCAGUACCGUCAAAUAGCAAUGGUACGUCGCAACAAAAUAAUAACAAUAAAGGUGAAUCGGGUAUUAUUACGACGGAAAAAGGUUCUAAUUCACGACGUGGUAAGAGUAAUAGUGAAAGUAAGGCGCAAGCUGCUAGAAAUAAACAUAAAAAUAAUCAGAAUAAAGAAAAACAUGGUGCUGGAAAUGCCACGCGUACGACAUCACGGUCUGAGUCUAGUAAUUCGUCGAAUAGUAAUUCAAAUGGCGCUAACACAACACAAUCACACACGAUCGAACAUUCGCAGCAGAUAAACGGACAAAAAUUUUUGAAAAAUUACAACAGUGAUAUGAUUAAUGGUCAGCAACAGCAAACAUCUAGGUGUAAAAAGAACAACGGAGAGCAGCAAAUUAAUUACAAAGACAAAGAUAUUGACAAUGACAAUGACAAUGAAUCAGAAAAUGAUCAACGAGAGAUCAACAACGUCAGUGAAACAACGAAGGAAUUGGAACAGUCGAUGUGUGAAAUAAAACUUAAUGGUAUUGAAAAUGGUAUUGGUGGUAAUAGUUGUGGAAAUUCAGAGAGUGAGAGUGAAUUACUUCGUGAAGGUAGUACUCCAGCGAGUACUGCUUCAAGUAGCAGUACUUCUGAUGACUUGGCAUUAUUAAAUACCAGCACUGAUAGACUUAUUGUUGAUGCUAAUGUCUCUGAUGAUAAUGAUGAGUCUGAUUUAAUACGUGAUCCAUCGCCAAUUAACGGUACGAAUUUAAAUUUAAGCACUACUACCAGUCAAGUUGUACCACCCGGUUUCUAUAAUAGUAAUAACCAUAUUAAUAGUAAUAUUAAUGUUAAUAAUCAUAAUAAUAAUAAUAGUAAUACUGUUAGUAAUAAUAUUAUUAAUAGCAGUAGUAACACGACAAUUAAUGGUACACAAACACAAGUCAAUCAUAGAUCAAUUUUCCAGACAGACAACAAUAGUUUCUUCAGUUCAAAUACAUUUCAAAAAUUACCACCUAGUGUCAUGUCACUGACAUCUAAUUCACAAACAACACCUUCAAAUACCAUUGACUGGACAACGACAUCAACAACGUCUAAUUGUUUGGCAACUAUUCCUGACUCAUUGCCGUCUGUUCACUCUAGCGAAGACUGGCAAGCGGCCUUUGGUUUUACUGUCGAUAAAAGUCGAACCAAUAAUUUAAAUCACCACCAACAUAAUAACCACCAGCAUCAACAUCAUCGUACACUGAGUCCUACAUCGUCUUCAUCGUCACCGAGUGUCGCACCGUUCAAUACCGAUAGCUUAUUGGAUGAAGACGACUUUCUUGAAACACAGUACUCUAAGACACAGACUUUGUCAAAAUUACAUAAUAAUUAUAUCAGAGAUCACAGUAGUGCACUUAUUAAUACGACACCUGCAUCGAAAUUCAUGGCUGAUUUUCAGCAAAACUCGUGUCAGCAAAGACUGUUGAUGCAAGCCCAACAGAAUCAAGAAAAUUGCCAGUAUAUCAAGCAGAAUGGCCACGCUAUGGAUAGUACAAUUUUGAUUAAGAAGGAUCCAAUAGAUAUUAAGUCGGACGAUGAUUUGGGAUUCGAUCCCUUCCAUGAGACUCAGAAGGCGCUUGCUGAGCUUAUGGAGAACGAAAUUCAGGUGCAGCAGCAAAGACAGUUUCAACAGCAGCAACAACAACAACACCAGGACCAGCAUUUACAACAAAGAAGAGAUGAGCAUUCUAGGAACUUGCAUCAAAGCUAUCCUACGCAAAGCUUAGCUCCUUCACAUUUCUCCCAGGUAGCACAUUUAGCACAUCUUCAACAGCAAGCACAUCAUCUACAAAAUCUUCAAGUACUACAACAAUCGCACACAUUAUUAUCACGUCUUCCACAGACUAUGCUCCAACAACAGCCGACAAAUAGUGUUCAAACAACAGCACAACCAACGAUGUCUGUUGGUGGUGGUAACAGCAAUUUAGGUGGUCAGCGUAGUCGUUUACCACCACCAGGAUUUCCUAGCUCAACGCCUAAUCAUAUGAAUUCAUUUGGUCUUGGAAUACCACGAGUUGCGCCUACAAGCAAUUCACUCGGUACCCAACCACCACAACAGACAUCUUAUCUUCCUAAUGGUGUAAAUAAGUGUGUAAACGAUGCAGUAUAUGGUCUAAAAGAUUGGUGUGACAUAAAUCAACAGCAAUCAGCACAUACACAAACACAUCAACCGUUUCAUCAUCAUCAUCAACAACAACAACAGCAGCAACAACAACAGCUUCAUCAAAAAAGUAGCUGGAAUAAUUUAGGACCAAUUACAGACUGGAAUACUAUUGAUCCUGCUAUUGUAAGCUCGCGCCCUUUACAAUUUCAAGCGACAAGCACGUGGCAAUUUCCGAGAUUUCAUCCUAUUCACAAUGGACCACACAGUGCGCAACAGGAGACAGAUGCACCCGUUCAACAUUGGGCAAUGCAACCACCGCCUGGAUUCGGUGGUCCAGCAUCAGGUGCACAGUUAAAUGGACCGCCACAAUCAAGCACAGCUGCACAACCGCACAGUAAACUAAUUUCUGCAGGGUCAGAAAUAGAAAAUUGCUAAAUUUAUUUGCCAACAACGAGACUGUUGUGUGUGAUACGUCAUUAGUUAAAUAUUGGAAUAAAUCUUGAAUUUUCACUAUUUAAAUGGGACUGCGAUAUUAAAUCAAGGCACCAGCUAAUUUAAUCUAAUCGCAACAUCCCGGGCUGACUUGUCAUUCAAUCAACAUAUUUUUAAUUCUCUCUCUCUCUCUCUCUCUCUUUAUAAUUAAAAUAAAAAAUGUACUAUUAUAUAUACUUGGCAAAAAAAUGAGUUAUAAUUGAAUAUUCACACGGUUUUAAACUAAUUUGUGAUCUUUUUAUUAUUUAAGAAAGGCGUUAAGCCGACUUUAAUUUUUAUAAUCAAAAUUCGUUUCUGUCACGUGAUUAUUUAUACAUUAAAAGCAAAAAACAUUACUUUAACACAUUAGCUUGUAUAUCUUUUCAUUUGAUGAAAUGAAAAUGAUUAACAGUAGUUCAAUAUUAAAUUUAAUUAAUAUAGUAAAUUAAAAAUAAUAAAUAAAUAAUUAAAAUAAUUAUUCACGUGAUGGAAUUGCAAUAAAUCAUGAAAUUAGCAGCAAGUACGCGUGCCUAUAUUAUUUUUUCUUUUUAAAAGAAUAGAAAAAAUAUAUAUAUAAUAUGACUUGUAGAUGAAUUUUUAUUUAAUAGACAGGAAGUUGGAAAAGAAAGUUAUUAAUUAGUCGAAUUAAUGAUUCAGUAAUUGUAUUUUUGUUUAAAAAGGCGUAAUUUGUCUCACACAACAAGACUUUGUAUAGUAUAAACAAAAAAGAUUAAUGGAGGAGAUAAAAAAGAAAAUAAACUUGUGUACAAGUAUUUGAGAUAAGGUGCAAUAAAAGCACUAAACUAAUAAUUAAUAAUUGCAAACUAACGAUACAACGUGUAAUUUUUGCGAGUUAUCUCGACGCGUUUUAACGAGAUUAACUUGGCGUUAAAAGAAGAAACAGAUUUUAAAAAUGAA